UUUCCAAGUAUUUUGAAUUUUGACAUACCUUAAGAUAUUACGAUUUAUAAAUAAAUAAACUAGUUUAUUAAAAUAUCUACUCCAAAUUACAUAUUUGUAAAUUUAAAAAAAUAUGGAAAAUUGUUGCUGACUUUUACACAAUAUGUUUGUUAAUUCUAAAUGUACAAUGGCAAGCAAAAUAACUUUUCGACUCUUAAAAACACCCGUAAGGUUAUGCCAUAAAACUAAUAAGAAUGUGGAAAAACUAGGACCAAAAGUGUCCCAGGACGUAGUUAAAUAUUUAGAAACUUCACCAGAAUACAAAAAUAUCAUUAACGUUGUACCUAAAAACCUAUUAAGAAAGUAUAAAUCGCCAGAGACUAUGUAUUUAAUCAAUCAUAAAACUGCGAAGGAAAUAACUGAAACACUCGUUAAAUACCUGAGAAAAGAUGCACCUGUAGUUGAAGUUAAUCCUGGUUUUGGGUUUUUAACUAGAGAGCUUUUACGAUGUCAACCAAAUAGGAUUUAUUUAUACGAAACUUCCAAUCAUUUUGUGCAAUUUUUAAAUGAUAUUAAGACACAACAUCCAGACAGAAUAAAAUAUAAAAUAGCUGAUUUCUUUGGAAUGUGGAAGUUAGCGUUCCAAGAUAAAAUGGACCAAGGAAAUAGGAUAGAAAAAUUAUUAGAGGAAUUAGCAACUGAUGAUAAUGACAGAAUUUUGAGUAUAGUAGGUGCUAUGCCCAGUUUGUCCUUUGUCAAACAUUUAAUUAAUACCAUUGUAUUUCAUAAUGCUACAAGUCAUUUGGGGAGACCAGACCUUUACAUUGUGAUGCCUGGACACUAUUAUGAAUUUCUUGCAGACUCCUCAGUACAAAUGAACAAGCAUAAAUCAGUUCCAUCACUUUUCCAACUACUUUUCGACUAUGAAGUUCUUAAUAAGGUGCCUAAGGUUCAUUUUUUGCCAUGGACAUAUACUUCAAACACCCAGAAAAUAUCUGUAAUGGAUGAUUUUUGCUUGUAUUUAGUGAAAAUAACUCAAAAAACUCAGCUGCCUUGCCUGCCAAGUGAUUUGCCACUGCUCUGGUAUUUUUUUAAAAGGCAUACAUUUUCCUCAUCUACAAGAAUUAUUCCAAUGUUAGAGCAAUGGAUACCAGGAUGUGGAGUAUGGCUCAUCACUGGACAGGACCCUCCAGAUACCAACAAAGAGCUAUCACCAGGAGAGGAUGAUGCAAAAUUACCUCAUAUGACCAUCUUUACAGAAUUUGGUGAUUUGAAUUUAAAACAAAAAAUCACUAUUUUUAAAAGGUUUAUUUCUUGGCCUGAAUUUGAACAGUGUCCAUUUAGAGUUACUGUGGAAAAUAAUUUACCAAAAUUUGCAUCACAAAUUAAUGAUGAUGAUGAUGGUGACAAUCAAAAACAUAUUAUAGUUCCUCAAAUUGAUGAGAAUGAAACUUGUGAUACAGAACCAUUAAAUACUAUUUAAACUUUGAAUAAAGAAGUAUUGAUGUUACAAA